AGCGAUUGCCCCUCCAGAGACACACCUACCCAUCCAUACGUCGCAAUGGCUGCCCGACGAGGAAGCCGCUUCAUCAAGCCACUGCUCUACACAGCCGGAGCCGGAGCAGUCGGUGCGGGCGCCCUCUAUGUUAGCCUACGACCUCGCGAUAUCCCUGGCAGCGAAGCCGCUGCAGUCCCUCCCCCGACAUAUGGCGAGGGAGGCGUCUUCCGCCCACCACAAUUCCCCGUGGCCAAGAGCCGCGACGAGCAGAUUGCACAACUGAAGCGCAGCGCUGGCGUCGUCUCGCAGGUUGCCGAGAAGGCAAGGAAAUGGAUCGGGGGCGGGAGUUCAACGUCCGCCGACAAGGUCGAAGAGGAGCCAUACGACCUCCUGGUUAUCGGUGGUGGCGCAACCGGAGCCGGUAUUGCGCUUGACGCCGUCACACGCGGUCUCAAGGUUGCGCUCGUCGAGCGCGACGACUUUAGCAGCGGUACCAGCAGUAAGAGUACCAAGCUGGUACACGGCGGUGUGCGAUACCUCGAAAAGGCCGUGUGGAAUCUUGACUACAACCAAUACUCACUCGUCGUCGAAGCCCUUCGCGAACGUCGUUACUUCUUGGAUACCGCGCCUCACCUGUCACAAUGGCUCCCCAUCAUGAUCCCUAUCCAGAAGUGGUGGCAUGCGCCCUACUUCUGGGCUGGCACCAAAUUCUACGAUUUCCUCGCUGGAGCAGAAAAUAUCGAGUCCUCCUACUACAUGACAAAGAGCAAGGCCCUAGACGCAUUCCCCAUGUUGAAGAAGGAAGGUCUUGUCGGAGCUCUGGUCUAUUACGAUGGUGCUCACAACGAUUCUCGCAUGAACGUUUCGCUUGCCAUGACUGCUGCGCUAUAUGGCGCUACGGUUGUCAACCAUCUCGAGGUCACCAGCCUUGAAAAGGAUGCCAAUGGCCGCCUGUGUGGUGCAAAGGCAAAGGACCUUAUUGCCGAGAGCAACGGCAAGAAAGCCGAAGAGUUCUCCAUCAAGGCCAAGGGUGUGAUCAACGCCACGGGUCCCUUUACCGACUCUAUCCGCAAAAUGGAUGAACAGGAUGUUCCAGAAAUCGUUGCUCCAAGCUCUGGUGUCCACGUCAUUCUCCCUGGUUACUACAGCCCGGCAAACAUGGGUCUCAUUGACCCCAACACUUCCGAUGGCCGUGUCGUCUUCUUCUUGCCAUGGCAGGGCAACACUAUCGCCGGUACCACAGACACUGCAUGUGAUAUUAAGCAGAACCCUGUUGCUGGCGAAGAGGAGAUUGAUUGGAUCUUGAACGAGGUCAAGCGCUAUCUACAGCCAGAGAUCAACGUCCGCCGUGGCGAUGUCCUCGCAGCUUGGUCUGGCAUUCGUCCCCUUGUCCGCGAUCCCCAAGCGAGCGCGACUGAAGGUCUUGUCCGCAACCACUUGGUCACCACUUCUCCCUCUGGGUUGUUGACCUGCUCAGGUGGCAAGUGGACAACUUACCGCCAGAUGGCCGAGGAGACUGUCGACGAGGCGAUUAAAGAAUUCGGCCUUGAGCCUCAGCCACUCGUGAACCCUACUCUGAUUAGCGGAACUGAGGUCAAGGACGAAGCUCCUCUCGACGGUACCUGCCAGACUCAUCGUGUUCGCCUUGUUGGUGCGCACGGUUUCUCCAAGACCCUCUUCAUCAACCUUAUUCAGCACUACGGCAUUGAGACGGACGUGGCCAAGUACUUGUGCCAGGCGUAUGGUGACCGUGCCUGGUCUGUUGCAGCCCUCUCAGCACCUACUGAGCAGCGCUUCCCUGUUCGCGGAAUCAAGAUGUCUGAGCUCUACCCCUACAUUGACGGUGAGGUCCGCUACUGCGUCCGCCACGAGUACGCUCAGACCGCCACUGAUGUAAUUGCCCGCCGCAUGCGCCUCGCCUUCCUGAACGCCCAGGCUGCCCUUGAGGCCCUCCCCAAGGUCAUUGACAUUAUGAGCGAGGAACUCAAGUGGGACAACAAGCGCAAGGAGCUCGAGUGGAAGAACGGUGUCACUUUCCUCGGCUCCAUGGGUCUUCCCAAGAGCAAGCUUUCUCUUACCCGCAAGGAAGUUGAGAGCGGUGCCGUCGGCAAAUAUGCCGACGAGGAGCACCACCUCUACGCACGCCAUGACAAACCCAGCGAGCCUCUUGCAUCGGAUAGCAAGUUCAAGACUGGCCAGAACCCCGUUGUUCGCCGCGAGUCCGAGGCCAACAAAUAAGUGCCUCGACGUGUCGACAUGUAUGGCAUAGUGUAUGAGUAGGAACUUUGAUUCGUCCUAUUUCUACACCGGUCUUCUAUUCCUAUCUCCAUCGGCGCGCGGGCGUAUUCGAGUCGGCAUCCAUGUUGCCUGGCGCUUGAUACCCCAUGCGCAUGGCUGGCGUCCCGUUUUUU